GUGUUGGAGGGGGAUAGAGUUCUUUUUUCUAAAUUUUUAUUUAUUUAUUUUUGGCUGCGUUGGGUCUUAGUUGCUGCGCGCGGGCUUUCUCUAGUUGCGGCAAACGGGGGCUACUCUUCGCUGUGGUGCGCGGGCUUCUCAUUGCGGUGGCUUCUCGUUGCGAAGCACGGGCUCUAGGCACGCGGGCUUCAGUAGUUGUGGCUCGCGGGCUCUAGAGCGCAGGCUCAGUAGUUGUGCACGGGGUUAGUUGCUCCGCAGCAUGUGGGAUCUUCCCAGACCAGGGGACCAGGGCUCAAACCUGUGUCCCCUGCAUUGGCAGGCGGAUUCUUAACCUCUGCGCCACCAGGGAAGUCCGGCGAUAGAGUUCUUUGUGGGGUUGGGUGCCUGCUUCCUCCCCCAGCCUGGCUCGGAGCUCGGGGGGUUCCCACCCUCUGCCCCACUUCACGGAGAUGCACACUGAGGCCCCACUAGCCUGCUUCACAACUCCCCAGGGGCUGUCUGUUCAGCCUCUGCUGCCGACAUGGUGUCUACACGUGCCUGCCCUUCCUUUCCCAAGAGUUGCUGGUCCCCCAGGUCUCUGUCCAUACGAUCUGGAUCACCGGAGACAGAAUCCCAGGCUUUUCUUUCCAUGGCCCUCCUACACCUGCUUCAGUACAGCUGGAGCGCUAGGCCUGCCCGCAACCCACACCCGACUACACCUAUUCCUCUUCUACCAGGAGGGUGUUAGGGCCCAGACUCUCUCUACAACUUCAGGUGGCUGUCUUUGCCACCUGUCCCAAUUGCCAAUGUCCCACAUUGCCCAGCCCCCUCUCUGGAAGUCGCCUGUCCCCUGAGACUAAACGCUAGUCGGGUCCCUGACAGAGAUGAGGGCGAGUUCGCGUCUAAGUAGCCUAGCGCUUCCCCGCCCCCACCCCUUUCCUGGAAGCCCGAAGCUGCGACGUCAGUUGCAGGUGUCAGCUGCCCCGCCCCUCCUCCCUCCGCCUUAAAGGGGUCGCGUCUCCCGAGGCCUCCCAGGGGCGUAGAUAGCACCUCGGCGGGACCCGUGAGGGCUCCGUGGCCGCGGUGCGGGAGGUGGGCGUCCGGAUCCUAAUCCUGCCCUUCUGGCAUGGUGUGGCUCUUGGCCUCUGUUUUCUCGGCCUGAGAAGUGGGGACGCCCGGAUUCCUCGCACUAAAGCAGUCUCUCAGAGGGCAUUUUCCAGGCUCGGGAAGAGGGCGGGGCCGCAGCCCAGAGGAGCAGCUUCCCCCACCGGCUUCUCGGACCCCGCCCGCCCCACCCCCACGAUGACCGCCCACAUCCUCCUGCUGUUGCUCCUCGCCUCCUCUACCCUGGGGUACCCGGACUCCGCGGGCAGGGCUGUAGCGUGACAUGGCUGAAGCGCACCAGGCCGUGGGCUUCCGACCCUCGCUGACUUCGGACGCGGGAGAAGUGGAGCUCAGUGCCCCGAUGUUGCAGGAGAUCUACCUCUCCGGACUGCGCUCUUGGAAAAGGCAUCUGUCCCGUUUCUGGAACGAUUUUCUCACAGGUGUGUUCCCUGCUAGCCCCCUCAGCUGGCUGUUCCUCUUCAGUGCAAUCCAGCUUGCCUGGUUCCUCCAGCUGGAUCCUUCCUUAGGACUGAUGGAGAAAAUCAAAGAGUUGCUGCCAGACUGGGGUGGACAGCAUCACAGGCUUCGGGGGGUCCUGGCGGCCGCGCUGUUUGCUUCGUGUCUGUGGGGAGCUCUGAUCUUCACGCUUCAUGUGGCCCUGAGGCUACUUCUGUCCUACCACGGCUGGCUCCUCCAACCCCACGGAGCCAUGUCCUCACGCACCAAGACCUGGCUGGCCCUGGUUCGCAUCUUCUCCGGCCGCCACCCAAUGCUCUUCAGUUACCAACGCUCCCUGCCGCGUCAGCCUGUGCCCUCCGUGCAGGACACCGUGCGCAAGUAUCUGGAGUCUGUCCGACCCGUCCUCUCCGACGAGGACUUCGACUGGACCGCGGCCCUAGCCCGGGAAUUCCUGAGGCUGCAGGCGUCACUGCUGCAGUGGUACCUUCAGCUCAAGUCCUGGUGGGCGUCCAAUUACGUCAGUGACUGGUGGGAAGAAUUUGUGUACCUACGCUCCCGGAACUCACUGAUGGUGAAUAGCAACUACUAUAUGAUGGACUUCCUGUAUGUCACGCCCACUCCAGUCCAGGCUGCCCGUGCGGGGAACGCGGUCCACGCCCUCCUCCUGUACCGCCACCGCCUGAACCGCCAGGAGAUCCUGCCGACUUUGCUGAUGGGAAUGCGGCCCUUGUGCUCUGCCCAGUAUGAGAAGAUAUUCAACACCACGCGAAUUCCCGGGGUCCACAAAGGUCAUCACAGAGCACGUUAUUCUUAUAAUAUAUCACCCCUAGACCACAUCCGCCACCUUCGUGACAGCAGGCACGUGGCCGUCUUCCACCGGGGCCGAUUCUUCCGCGUGGGGACCCACUCCCAGAGCGGCCUGCUUUCCCCGCGGGCCCUGGAGCAGCAGUUCCAGCGAAUCCUGGACGACCCCUCUCCUGCCUGCCCCCACGAGGAGCAUCUGGCGGCCUUGACCGCUGCUCCGAGGGACAUGUGGGCCCAGGUGCGGAGGUCCCUGAAGACCCAGGCCCAGGAGGCCCUGGAGGCCGUCGAAGGGGCUGCUUUCUUUGUAUCACUCGACUCUGAGCCCGCGGGGCUCACCAGGGAGGACCCUGCAGCUUCCUUAGACGCCUACGCCCACGCCCUGCUGGCCGGCAGGGGCCACGACCGCUGGUUUGACAAAUCCUUCUCCUUAAUCGUCUUCUCCAACGGGAAGCUGGGCCUCAGCGUGGAGCACUCGUGGGCUGACUGCCCCAUCUCAGGACACAUGUGGGAGUUCACUCUGGCCACAGAAUGCUUUCAGCUGGGCUACUCGGCAGAUGGUCACUGCAAGGGACACCCUGACCCCUCACUGCCCCAGCCCCAGCGGCUGCACUGGGACCUUCCAGACAAGAUCCAUCUAUCCAUCUCUCUAGCCCUGAGGGGAGCCAAGACCUUGUCUGGAAACAUCGACUGCCACGUCUUCCCUUUCUCCCACUUUGGCAAGAGCUUCAUCAAACGCUGCCACCUCUCUUCAGACAGCUUCAUCCAGAUGGCCUUGCAGCUGGCCUACUUUCGGGACAGGGGUCAAUUCUGCCUGACUUAUGAGUCGACCAUGACUCGCUUGUUCCUGGAAGGGCGGACAGAGACGGUGCGUUCUUGCACGAGGGAGGCCUGCAACUUUGUGAGAGCCAUGGAGGACAAAGAGAAGACAGACCCACAGUGCCUCGCCCUGUUCCGCUUGGCGGUGGACAAGCACCAAGCCCUGCUGAAGGCAGCGAUGAGUGGACAGGGGGUCGACCGCCACCUCUUUGCUCUCUACAUCGUGUCCCAGUUCCUCCACCUGCAGUCUCCCUUCCUGGACCAGGUUCACUCGGAGCAGUGGCAGCUGGCCACCAGCCAGAUUCCUGUUCAGCAAAUCCACCUGUUCGACGUCCACAGUUACCCCGACUAUGUUUCCUCUGGUGGUGGAUUCGGGCCUGCUGAUGACCAUGGUUAUGGUGUUUCCUACAUCUUCAUGGGGGAUGAUGUGAUCACCUUCCACAUCUCCAGCAAAAAAUCAAGCACAAGAACGGACUCCCACCGGCUGGGGCAGCACAUCGAGGAUGCAUUGUUGGACGUGGCCGCCCUUCUCCAGGAGGGGCAGCGUCUUAAGCGCAGAGGGUUAGCGGAGGAGGGCUCGGAGCACAGCCGUGACUCUCUCCCUUGCCAUACCAGGGCCUCCAGGGCACCCACGACAGCCACUAACUUUUGACACCUUCCAGAGGGGAGCUGGUCUCCCCAGGAACUAGGGGGAAGGUCUCUAUGGCUGGGCUGGUGCAGGACAGAAGCAGCCUGUUUGGGUUUGGGAAUCCCACAUCUGGUCUAAUAAAGAUGUGUGCGCUGGG